ACACAUACGUCAUCUCCCUCACAGACGAGAACGAAUUGAUGGUCCUCGAGCCGACAGAUCAGCACGGUGUAGCUAGCCUACAUAGUCGAUUUCAAAGAAGCAUUGCCUGUUUAUUGUGGAAGAGAACCUGUUGCUAACUGAUAACUGUUUGUUUAUUUGUUUUCAGUUAUGAAGUUGCCAAAUAAGCAGCAUCAUUCCUCGGAGAAUGAAGAUGGGUCGGACUUGCCUCCCCCGUUCAGAAAUCCUUUCGUUCACGAGUUACGAUUCACUCCCAUGGAGAAAAUCAGGAUCGGUGUGAUGACGGUGACUGUGUUCCCAGUACGGCUGUUCUUUGCAGUGCUCCUUAUGUUGCUGGCCUGGCCCUUUGCCUUCGCUGCCUCUCUGGGACGAUCUGAACUGGCCGUGGAGACCGAGACCUGGUGGAGGAGGAUCUGUGACAUUGCCCUGAGGGGGAUCAUGCGUGCCAUGUGGUUCUGUGGAGGGUUCCAUUGGGUGACGGUGAAAGGGGAACCGGCUCCGCCCUCGCAGGCGCCCAUCCUCACCCUGGCCCCUCACUCGUCCUACUUUGACGCCAUCCCCGUCACCAUGACCAUGGCCUCUAUCGUCAUGAAGACCGAGAGCAAGAACAUCCCUGUCUGGGGCACUCUGAUAAAGUUCAUAAGGCCAGUGUUCGUGUCGCGGUCAGACCAGGAUUCUCGCAAGAAGACUGUUGAGGAGAUCAAACGCAGAGCCCACGCUAGAGGGGAGUGGCCUCAGAUAAUGAUAUUUCCAGAGGGGACGUGUACCAACAGAUCCUGCCUCAUCACAUUCAAGCCUGGGGCCUUCAUUCCAGCAGUUCCAGUCCAACCAGUAGUCCUACGUUACCCCAACAGAAUGGAUACGAUCACGUGGACAUGGCAAGGCCCUGGAGCGUUUGAGAUACUGUGGCUGACACUGUGCCAGUUUCAUAACCCCAUAGAGAUUGAGUACCUGCCUCUCUAUACUCCUUCUGAGGAAGAGAAGAACAACCCUGCUCUGUUCGCCAAUAAUGUCAGAAGCAUCAUGGCCAAGGCCCUGGAGCUGCCCAUCACAGACCUGUCGUUUGAUGACUGCCAGCUGAGCCUAGCAAAGGGCCCAAUGCGUGUCCCUAGCAACAGCAGCCUACUGCAGUUCAAUAGACUAGCACGAAGGCUCGGGUGUCUGAAUGGGCUGAGAGCGGGGACCACAGAUACAGUGUUAGAGCAGCAGGCUAGCAAAGCCAGGAAGCUUUGGGGAUACAGACUGGGAUUGGGGGACUUUGCUCAUUACCUCGACCUACCUGUGACGGACAUGCUCACAGAGUUACACAGCCUCUUCAACCAGCAUGGAGAUGGUCAGAUCGACAUCAGGGAGUAUGUGAUAGCCCUGUCUGUGGCAUGUCAACCCUCUAAAGCCAUGGACACCCUCAGGCUGGCCUUUGGGAUGUACGAGGCGAAGGAGGACAGGGCGAUCGUGGAAAAGGAUCUGGCAUCCAUUUUGAGAACGGCGUUGGGAGUAGCAGAGGUCGACGUCACAGAGUUGUUCUCAGCAAUCGACACACUUGACGCGGGGAAGAUCACACACGAUGACUUCUGUCGGUUCGUGGAGCAGCACCCAGACUUUGCUCAGGAGUACCUCCUCUCCUCCAGGACAACCCCCUCUACCCCCCACACAGCCCCCCUGGUCAAUGGCUUCAGUGUGGCCAAUUACGACAUGGAGGAGCAGACCUGCAGCCUCCCUGGACAAAAGAGGAAAGAAGACUGACUCAAAUGGAUCUAUCUUCUGCCUAUCACAGAGAGAGGAGGGGAAUGGAGGGAGGAGGGAAAAGAUGGCGAGAUAGAAGGACGAUCGGGAGGUCCUGGGCCUCUAUCAAACAAAUCUGUCUUCUACAGUUACUGUAUCUUCUGUGUUACUGUGGCCCGCAUGUUCUACCAGAGAGGAGGAGGAGGAGGGAGGGAGCGAGGGAGGGAUAGGAUAUAUUGAGAUAAGAAGGGGUGGAUAGACGGAGGGAGAGAGAAGUAAGAAAUGGUUAGGUGGAUAGAGAUUGAGACUGUGAAAGGGAGAGAUGGAGGGAAGGAAGGGUUGGGUAUGUUGAAGUAGAGUAGAGGGAGAGAUUUGGUUAGUGAGAGAAUAUGAUGGAGGGUGGAGACAAUCUGUUCCUCCGGACACCAUCUCACACCAAUACUCCCAUCUCUGGUUUUGUCUGCUACUGUUUUCAAGGCCUUUGUAUGCUUUCUGGUUUCCAACAUGAGUUUAAGGACCUGGACACCUCCGAAGGUCUUCUGAGUUCAUCAAACACUUUGGCUAUUUAUUUUCAAAAGGGUUUUACUUUUCUCUUAUGUACAGUAUAGGUAUUUAUUUGUCUUUCCUUUUUAUCAUAAUGACAAUGAAAUGCACACUCUGGUAAGAUGAUUCAUAUUUUUUUUCAAGAUGAGUUUUAUCAGGUGAUUAAGCACCAAACUGAGCUGAGCUUAAUCACUGCCGUUCAUAACGAGACUGACAGAGAUCAAUUGGAUCGAGCUGAAACUAAGCAUCUCACUGCCUUGUAGACCAUAGCAACUCACAAGACAAACUGUUAAAAUGGGUGAAUAUGGGACCAAACUUAGACUUCUUAUUUUUAAACCACGUUCACGAUGAGCUCCUUGUUGCCUUUUAAAUUGUUUUAAACGUGUUAAUGGUUUUAAUGUUGCUUGAGUGAAACAUCCCACAGCUUAAGUGUAUUUAUUUUCAUAGGCAUAAACAUUGGUGUCUCAAACAUGAACAUUUGUUGUUUUCCCUUUUCUUAUUGGAUGAACAGAGAAAAAGAGUUGGGUUCCAUCUCAAAUGACACCCUAUUCCCUAAAGAGUGCAUAUUUAGCUCUGGUCAAAAGUAGUGCACUAUAUGGGGAAUAGGAUGCCAUUGGGGGGUACAUUCAGAUCCUUACCUCCCUUUUUUUUAUUGCCUUUCUCAUAUCACUCUGGAAUGAAGUUGACUUUACACAAAUAUAUAGGAUCAGCCCACCCUGCUGAAAUCCUAACAUGAACCAUUAUGCAGGGGGCCAUCAUAAAACUGAUCUGUGAUCAGUUCUGACUUUAUGAUAAACCAUCAAUCUGUUCUGGCUUUUUGUACUGGUUGGUUUGUUUUGGGAAUUCUCUGCAGUUUGACUUUAAAUCGACACCUUUUGUAUGUUGUACAUUUGUGGUAUCUACAUCUUUGAAUGUUUGAAUAUUCAUUUUGUAAGAAAGUGAAUUGUAAAUUAUGAAUACCUAUGCAGUGCUCAUCCCUGCCUUUUAUGUUGAAUUAAAUCAUGACAUUUCUA